AUGUAUGGACGAUCCAUGUAUGGCGGCUAUGGCGGCAUGUAUGGUGGCUACGGUGGCUAUGGUGGCAUGUACGGAGGCGGCAUGUAUGGAGGCAUGAUGGGACCUGGAAUGGGCAGCAGCUAUGCCGAAAGCAUGUUCCGCAUGACACAGAUGCUGGAGAUGAAUAGCAUCAUGUUGGAACAGCUGCAGGAACACGUCACCGUGACCUUCUACCGCUUGCGCGACGUGGUGGAGUGGAUCUGGGCCUUGAAAAACUCUGCAGUCAAGGAUCAGCCAGCUCAGACUCCCGAUCCGGAGCAGAAGUCGAAGGAAGAGAAGGAAUCUGAGAUGAAUCGAAUCAGAAGACGAUUCAAAGUUCUCUUCACUCUGCUGGGUCUGUUUCUCUUUUUGAUUGUGAGAGACAACAGACGGCAGAAGAAGAGAUUGCUGGAUGAGACCAGUUGGCUCCAAGUGACCCAGCACUUGGCUCGUCCUGCUUCUGCAGCCAUGGCAGCAGCUUCAGCAGCCAUGAGUGGCAUGGGUGGAAUGGGUGGAAUGGGUGGAAUGAAUAGCAUGGCCAAUCAGAUGACAGGUGCCAUGGGAAGCAUGGGAACUAUGGGAAUGUCUGGCUCCAUGGGAAUGCUUGGCUAUGACCGUUGAGAGAUCCCUCGCUGCACAGCGGCGCCCUUGUACAUAACGAUCAAAAACCGGACUCCAAAAAUGGCCGAAGAAAAA